AUGGGCGAGCAAGUAGCCACCAAGGAGGAGGCCAACAACAAGGAAGAAUCACCCGCACCCGCCGCCGCCGCACCUGAAGCUGCACCGGCAGAGGAGAAGAAGGACGAAGCAGCACCACCACCAGUCGACCAAGACCCAAACAAGGAGGAAUCACCAGCCGAAGCUGCUCCUCCUCCACCGCCGGUGCCGGUGCCUGUGAUCCUCGGCGUGGAGGUGCACUGCACGGGCUGCGCCAAGCGGAUCAGGCGCUCCCUCCUCCGCUGCAAGGGCGUGGAGUCCGUCCACGUCGACAUGCCCGCCAACCAGGUCACCAUCAAGGGCGCCGUCGACCCGCAGGCGCUCUGCGACCGCCUCCGCGCCAAGACCAAGCGCGACGCCACCCUCAUCUCGCCCUUACCGCCACCUCCGCCGGCCGAGGGCGAGGAGCCUGCGCCGCCCCCUCCCCCGCCGGCGCCGCUGGUCACCGAGGCCCGCACCGUGGAGCUGCUCGUCAACAUGCACUGCGAGGCCUGCGCCCAGCAGCUGCAGACCAAGAUGAUGAGGAUGAAGGGGGUGGUCAGCGCCCAGACGGACCUCGCCGCCGGCAGGCUCACGCUCAGUACCACCGUGGACGAUGAGAAGAUUGUGGAGUACAUCCACCGACGGACUGGGAAGAUCGCCUCCGUCGUGCCGCCGCCGCCUCCGGAGCCGCCCAAGGAGGAGGAGCCACCCGCUGCUGCUGCGGAGCCCAGCAAGGAGGAAGCACCAGCCGACGCCGACGGCAAGAAAGAAGAGGCCGGCGAGAACAAGCCGGCUGAAGACGGCAAAGCUGCUGCAGAGGCCGAGGAGGAGAAGAAGGAAGGUGGUGGUGGCGCCGGCGAAGAUGACCAGAAGCCGGGGAAACAAGAAGGCGUGGCGGUGGACGGCUUCCCGCCGGAGGAGAUGAUGAAGCGGAUGGUGUACUGGCCCUACGGCGGCGCACCCGGCGGCGGCAUCCACUACAAGCUGCAUCCGGCCGACGCCGAGGAGGCCAUGAUGGCCAGGCGGAUGGCCAUGCACGCCAUGCCUCCACCUACUCUGAUGCCGCCGCCGCCGCACCACCACCACCACAACCCCUACGCCAUGAUGCACCAGCAGUGGGCGCCUCCACCGCCGCCGCCACCUCCGGGGAUGCCGAUGUACAACAACUACAACUACGGCAGCAGCUACAUGAUGGAGCGGCCGCCGCAGAUGUUCAGCGACGAGAACCCCAACGCCUGCGUCAUCUCCUAG